AUGGUGCCGGAGGGCAAGCGAGGCUUUGGCUUUGCGUGCUGCGCCACCCGCGUCAAACCCGGGUCGGUGGAGAUGCCUGGGCCCCGCGACGAGGAUAAGAGGGUGAUCUGGGACACUGCGAACUUGUCCUGGUGGGACUUUCAGCGGCGACGCUGGAGGACAUUGUGGCUGAUGCGGACGGUCUACUUCCGGUACAAGAACCUCCAGGAGAGCGCACAGAGGGACUGCCAGAAGGGCCAGAAAGAGAGAAGCAGUGGCUGGAGGUCCAUGCGCUGA